GUUAAGUUCAAGGAUGCUGUUGGGCGAAAAUUCAGCUUCCCAUUCGAGUUGUGUGCGACUUGGGCUGGAAUGGAGGAAUUAAUACGACAAGCUUUCCUACAUGUUGAAGGUCUCGGUCCACAUGUUGCAGAGGGCCACUACGAUCUGAUCGGACCAAACGGGGAGAUUAUCCUCCCCCGAGUUUGGGAGACAACAAUCGAGCCU